GGCUGGUGCCUGUUGCCCUGGUAGCUUCCUGCCCAUGUGGUAGCCUGUGACAUCCAGCCUGGCUGAGGGGUUUCUAGGGCCACUGGGAAGCCACCGGCACUGAGGUGAGAUGGAGAGAGGGUGGGGCGGGGUGGGGGGCCCAGAGCCUGCCGGACGCCAGGGAAACAGGAGCCAGUGGCUAAAUGCAGACACACUGUCAUGGUGCUGAGGGCCUGAGUCACUGCCCCUGGAUGUCAGAUCCCAUUACCCACCCCCGCCCACCAUUCCGCUUCCCAAGGCAUUGCCCACACAAAUACUGGAUCCUCUGGCUUCACUGGCCCGGAGGGACCUCAAAAGGUCAUCAAGGCCAUUCCCUUGCCUCUAUCUUCAGAUCACAGGGACAGAAGGAGCUAAAAAGAUGAUACAGUCCUUUGAAUCCCAAUUACCCAGGGAAGCUUUUCCCAAACACGGACCCUUUCCUCCGACCCCAGGAUUUUGAUUUGGGAUCUGGAGAAAGUACCUCCCAUGUCUUCCCAUCAGCUCCCCACACAGCCAGCUCAUGGGCCGGUGAUGAAGCCUUCAUCACUCAGCAGGUAUUUAUUGAAACCCUGCUAUAAAUAGGUGCUGGGCACUGUUCUAGGCUCUGAAGGACUCAGAUGAAUAAGGCAGAGACAGGCCCCUGCCUCCAGGCUCACUCAUCAGACAGAAGAGGAAACAGGUUCGAGUUGAUGAAGGAGUUAGGCAUAGCAGAGCUGUGCUGGCUUCAUACCUGCUUUCAUCCUGCUGAGCCGCCUGGCUGCCCUCCCUCAGCCUCCUGGGGCUUCCAGGGCUGGGGGGUGAGGGUGGAUGUGGACUUGCAGUGCCAGCUGUGGGACAGUAGCCAGCAGCUGCCCCAGACCAGACACUGGGGAUCAGGAUGUCAACAGGGCAGCCAGUUCUGGUGCUGUGCAGAGUCAACAGGUCAGGGUGGCCAAGGUGAAGGUGGGCUCAGGACCACGCAGAGCAGCAAGCCCCGUCCCACCUCCCACAACACACACCUUCUAUUUUGGUCUGACUUGCCUGGCAUCUAGGGACAGAAGGUAGCCCAGAGUCCCAGAUUUUAACAAUCAUUACAGGACCAACCUGUUGCCCAAAAGUGACAUCAGACUCAACUCUUCUGCUGUGUACCCAAACCGUUGCCCUGGUUGAGCCUCAGGAGCUAGAGGAGAUUUGGGCAGAGGAAGAGCUGCAUGGUGGAGGGCUGGGUUCAGCCUCUGCUGUGUGACCCUGGAGGAGUGACUCACCUCUCUGAACAUCUACAAAAUGGCAAUGCUCCCCCCAUUCACAGGGUGUGUGGAGGGGGACUUGAGCUGCGGAUGUGAAGCUCCUGCACGUAGCAGGCACACAACACCUGCUUGUUCCUCACCACGUUCCCUCACUCCUAUGCUCCUGUCCUCUGUUGGAGCGGGACAGAGUCUGUGGAAUUACCCAGAAGUCCCCAGCCAGAGCUGCUGCCCCUUGGACGUGUGCUUUGACAGGCAUUUCCUGAGCCUGGGGGGUCUGGACACAAGGAUCAAGUUCAAGUUCCUCACCCCAACUCACCGCCUCGCCCCAGGUGUUGGCCUCCUCGCCAGCCCUGGACAAGAUGGGUUAUCAGGAUGGGACCGUGCGGCACAGCCUGUAGGCUUUGGAGCCAGGCAAACCCUGGCUGGGAGUUCUGACUCUGCCUCGGCCUCUGUGAUCUUGGGCAGGCAGCCUAGCCUCCCUGAGACACCAUUUAUUUACAACGGGCUCACCCUGCCUGCCUCAUGGGGUUUCCGUGGUCACUUACGCUGGGAGCAAAGGAGGCUCUGUGACAGGAGGGCCAGUUCGGCCACAGCAGGAAGACUGAGAGGAGGCCUGGAGUGGCUGAAGCAGAAGCUGUUCCGCCUGGGCGAGGACUGGUACUUCCUGAUGGCCCUCGGCAUGCUCAUGGCCCUGGUCAGCUACACCAUGGACUUCGCUGUCAGGAGUGUGGUUCAAGCACACCAGUGGCUGUACCGGGAGAUUGGGGAUGGUCACCUGCUCCGGUAUCUCUCCUGGACCGUGUACCCUGUGGCCCUCGUCUCUUUCUCCUCGGGCUUCUCCCAGAGCAUCACGCCCUCCUCUGGAGGUUCUGGAAUCCCGGAGGUGAAGACCAUCUUGUCAGGUGUGAUCUUGGAGGACUACCUGGAUAUUAAGAACUUUGGGGCCAAGGUGGUGGGCCUCUCCUGCACCCUGGCCUGUGGCAGCACUGUCUUCCUGGGCAAAGUGGGUCCCUUCGUGCACCUGUCUGUGAUGAUGGCUGCCUAUCUGGGCCGUGUGCGCACAGCGACCAUCGGGGAGCCUGAGAACAAGAGCAAGCAAACCGAAAUGCUGGCGGCAGCGGCGGCAGUGGGUGUGGCCACAGUCUUCGCAGCUCCCUUCAGCGGCGUCCUGUUUAGCAUCGAGGUCAUGUCUUCCCACUUCUCUGUCUGGGAUUACUGGAGGGGCUUCUUUGCAGCCACCUGCGGGGCCUUCAUGUUCCGACUCCUGGCGGUCUUCAACAGCGAGCAGGAGACCAUCACCUCCCUCUUCAAGACCAGUUUCCGGGUGGACGUCCCCUUCGACCUGCCAGAGAUCUUCUUUUUUGUGGUGCUGGGGGGUAUCUGUGGCAUUGUGAGCUGCGCUUACCUUUUCUGCCAGCGAGUCUUCUUUGGUUUCAUCAAGAACAAUCGGUUCAGCUCCAAGCUCAUGACCACUAGCAAGCCUGUGUACUCCGCCCUGGCCGCCUUGGUUCUCGCCUCCAUCACUUACCCGCCUGGCGUGGGCCGCUUCCUAGCUUCUCGGCUGUCCAUGCAGCAGCAUCUGGACUCCCUGUUCGACAACCACUCCUGGGUGCUGAUGACCCGGAACUCCAGCCCACCCUGGCCUGAGGAGCUCGACCCCCAGCACCUGUGGUGGGAAUGGUACCACCCGAGGUUCACCAUCUUUGGGACCCUUGCCUUCUUCCUGGUUAUGAAGUUCUGGAUGCUGAUUCUGGCCACCACCAUCCCCAUGCCUGCUGGGUACUUCAUGCCCGUCUUCGUCUUCGGAGCUGCCAUCGGGCGCCUCUUUGGGGAGACUGUUUCUUUCGUUUUCCCUGAGGGCAUCGUGGCUGGAGGGGUCACCAAUCCCAUCAUGCCUGGUGGGUAUGCCCUGGCAGGGGCUGCAGCCUUCUCAGGGGCUGUGACCCACACCAUCUCCACGGCGCUGCUGGCCUUUGAGAUGACCGGUCAGAUAGUGCAUGCGUUGCCCGUGCUGAUGGCAGUGCUGGCAGCCAAUGCCAUUGCACAGAGCUGCCAGCCCUCUUUCUACGAUGGCACCAUCAUCGUCAAGAAGCUGCCAUACCUGCCACGGAUUCUGGGCCGCAGGAUCGGCUCCCACCAUGUGAGGGUGGAACACUUCAUGAACCACAGCAUCACCAUGCUGGCCAAGGACAUGCCGCUGGAGGAGGUGGUCAAGGUCGUGACCUCCACAGACAUAGCCGAGUAUCCCCUGGUGGAGAGCACAGAGUCCCAGAUCCUGGUGGGCAUCGUGCGAAGGCCCCCGCUGGUGCAGGCCCUCCAGGCUGAGCCUCUUUCCUGGGCUCCGGGACAUCAGUGUCUCCAGGACAUCUUGGCUGGGGGCUGCCCCACAGAACCAGUGACCCUGAAGCUGUCCCCAGAGACCUCCCUGCAUGAGGCACACAACCUCUUUGAGCUGUUGAACCUUCAGUCCCUCUUUGUGACAUCGCGGGGCAGAGCUGUGGGCUGCGUGUCCUGGGUAGAGAUGAAGAAAGCAAUUUCUAACCUGACAAAUCCACCAGCCCCACAGUGAGCCGACCCAGCAAGAUGAAGCAGGGCACCCCAGCUGCCCUGGUGCUGAGGUUGGGCUGAGACCCCGCCUCUCUUCCCCCAUCACCACCCAUCCCUCCCUCCAGCCCAACUCCAUUCCUUGGCAUAAGAGGCAGCUGUAACCCAGCCCAGAAGAGAAUGGCUCAUUCUGGGAGAAACGAUGGCUCCUGAUUGAAAGCCAAGUCCCACCUUGGACAGAGCUCAGAGCGUGAGAUGCCAGAAGACCAGUAUCUGGCAGGUGCUCAGUGACUGACCAUCACAUUAAUGAAUGACAAGGUUGGGGUAUGCUGUCACCAAGGGCAGGCACAGAUGCUCUCUGGGGUUGUCUGAUUCCCAGUGAGAGGCUCCUGAGAAAAAUAAAGCUGGUUCCCAGA